UCUCUUGGUUAGGGUAGCCGACCCGUAGUAUAAGUUUUUGUUUAAACGUAUCUUUCACAGUUCCAUAGUUGUAGUCAGAGUGAAAACCAAGAGCUACAAGAUGGACAAGAAAAAGCCCAACUAUUUCAUUUACUUUGCUGCCAUCUUUUUGAACCUCUCAUGCCUCUCGACAGGAAUCUCCUACUCCUGGACGUCAUCUCUCAUUCCAGUGUUCGAAAGCAACGACACCUCGAUCAACCCCCUGGAUAAGCCACUGACCCCGACCGAAUCCGGAUUAUUGGUUGCUUUACUUAGCCUGGGCUCAUUCGCUGGACCCUGGAUAUGGGGUUUCCUAGUCCACAGGCUGGGAAAAAAGAAAAGCUUACUCAUUUCCAAUCUUCCAAUUCUGGUUGGUCACGUUUUAUGUGCCGCUGCUUCGAAAGUGGAAGUAUUGUUCGUGGCGAGGUUCUUAAUGGGGUUAUCCAUUAGUGGGGCGUGGGCUAUAACACCUGGAUAUUUAUCGGAAAUCGCUGAGCCAUCCAACAGGGGGAUAUUAAAUAGUUUUUCAUUGGGGUCAUCUUGCUUGGGGAUCUUAUGGGGUUAUUUGGUGGGACCCUUUUUGUCUGUCACGUGGUUUAGUGUGGUUAAUGUAAUCCCUUGUGUGGUGUUUUGCAUUACGGUUUAUCUAUUUGUCCCGGAGAGUCCGUUCGAUUUGGUCUUGGUGCAUCAGAAUGAGGCUGCCAAGAGGAGCUUGAUGACUUUAAGGAGGAGCAGUAAUGUGGAAAAAGAACUUUUGGAAAUCGAGAGGGUGAUUGAGGAGAAUUCGAAGGAUAACGGAGGCUUUACUGAUAUAUUAAAGAACAAAGGGUCUCUUAAUGGGUUUAUUAUAUGCGUGAUUUUGAUGAUCUUUAAUACGAUGACGGGGGUAAUUAUUGUGGUGGGGUAUGCUCAGUCGAUUUUUGAAACUGCUGGUAGUCCAAUACCACCAGCGUACUCCGCUAUUUUGGUCGGUACUGUGGCUUUUGUUGCUACUGUGGUUAAUUCCCAGGUUAUCGACCGAUUAGGGAGAAGGCCAAUCAUUAUCAUUUCCAGUAUUAUUGCGGCUUUAUCUCACACUGCCUUAGGGGUCUAUUUUCAUUUGCAAAGUACCGGAGUCAAUGUGCAGAAUAUCGGCUGGCUGCCGAUCGCUUCUGUAAUAAUGUUUACGUUUUUCCAUCAUUUUGCUUUGGGUUCGGUACCAUUUUUGAUUCUGGGUGAGCUGUUGGCCUCUAAUAUUAAGGCUGUGGCUACUACGGUCUGUACUACGAUCAACUUUGGACUUGCCUUUGCCCUCUCGUUGGUCUAUCCGUAUAUUGUGGAGUAUUUGGGGAUUGCUAAUGCCUACUUCAUUUUUGCUAUUUCGAUGGUCGUUUGUGCGGUCUUUUGCAUUUUGAAAGUUCCAGAAACGAAAGGGAAGUCUUUUAAAGAAAUAUUCGCUUUGCUUGAUAAAAAGUGAGGUAUUAGUACACGGUAUAGGGUAGAAAUAUUGUAUAUUUUACGGGGAUGAUUACUAUCUUUUUGUAGUGCUUUUAUGAGAGUUAUUUAUUUCUUUUUGUUAAAAUGAACCACUUUUGCCGUAGGUUUGCGAUUGAAAAAAAACUGUAUUUUUACAUGUAAAUAAAAUAUUUUUAGAAAA